GCUCCGAGCACGCGCCCGCCGCCGCCGCCGCCAUCUCGCACCGAGGAGGAAGGAGGAAGCGCACGGAUCGCCGGCAGCCAUGGUGAACGUUCCAAAAACCAAGAAGACCUACUGCAAGAACAAGGAAUGCAGGAAGCAUACCCUUCACAAGGUUACCCAGUACAAAAAGGGAAAAGAUAGCCUUUCUGCUCAGGGGAAACGGCGUUAUGACCGCAAGCAGUCAGGAUAUGGUGGUCAGACAAAGCCUGUUUUCCACAAGAAGGCCAAGACAACGAAGAAGAUUGUGCUGAAGCUGCAGUGCCAGAGCUGCAAGCACUACUCUCAGCAUCCGAUCAAGAGGUGCAAGCACUUUGAAAUCGGUGGAGACAAGAAGGGCAAGGGAACCUCUCUCUUCUAAAUUUGUUGUUCUCUGACCUUCAAGUUGUCUGCCAGAAGUUGCUAUUAAGGAAAAAAAAUGUUCUUAUCCCUGUAUUGAGAUGCAUCAGCAGGAUUCAACGCAUACCUAUGUUUAUCUUUUGGCGCCAGCUCUUUCUUGAUACAUUAGAUUGUAUGAGACCUGAAUCUAUUUUGUGUUAUAUCAGCAUUGCUGCAAGAUCAUAUCGAUGUUUUUUUGAUCUA